UUCUUAACCAUAUUUGUGAGUGUUGACAUUAUUAUCAACUCGUUGGUGUAUUUUCAUUGGAUGGUUAAAUCAUUAUCGAAGGCUUGAAAAUGUCAAAUUUCGUAACAUUCACGAAACUAAGGUCUUCUACAAAUUGCAGUUUUUGGGCAAAAUUUGUAGAAUUGAAGAUUAACAAAUUCAAACUUGAUGAGAAACCUAUCAAUCUGUGGGGCAGUUAUAGUCUUCAGUCAUUAAAUGAAGAUAUCUCUAAUCCGUUAGUAUUAGAUUUCACAUCUUUUAACGAAGAUUCAGAAACAGUAAAUAAUGAUUCAUCGGUUGUUUGUUUUGGACAUAUGAUUAAUACAAAUACUCUUGAAGCAUUCCGUCAAAUUAAUCCUGAACGAUUUAUUCAUUCUAUGGGAAAGGAUAUUAUAAACAGUAUUCAAGAUGAAACAAUAUUACAAAAUCCAUGGAAAUUAUCAUUUUUUUUAGUGUUGGCUUAUUCAGACUUAAAAAAGUACAAAUUCUAUUAUUGGGUUGCACAUCCUACUCCUUUAAAGUUGCCUGAAAUGUAUUAUCAAGAAUCCCCAAAAUCAAUCAAUGAAGAAUUCACAAUUAAACAUGUAAAAGAUUUAUCUAAAGGGUUCUUACAAUUGGAUAGUAAAACAAGAAAUUAUUUUACUGUUUUAAUAUCAAAGGAAGAUGAAAUGAGUAUUGUUGAUGUGGCAACAGGAAUAAAAAUAAUCAAUACAAGUAGUGAAAAGAUUUCACAAGAGUAUAGUGAAAUUUACUUUGCAUUUUAUGACCCAUCUACAAAUUUGAAUCCAGGCUGGCCUUUACGAAAUUUUUUGUGCCUUUUAUGUUGGCACUGCCCUACAUAUUACUUCUUAAAAAUCAUUAAACUUAUAUCUAUAAGAGGAAAUAAGGCACAGAAGAGUCUUGUCUUCAAACUUAAAAUCAAAGAAUAUGAAAACAACAAAGAUGUAAGAGACCUUCUGUUUCUGAGUCACUUGGUGGGUUGGGAGAGCAAUAUAAAUGAUAAACUAGGCCCCACUGUGGUAGAUCUAUCUGAUACCAUACAUCCAGCCAAAUUAUCAGACAAAGCUGUCAAUCUAAACUUAAAGCUAAUGAAAUGGCGUCUUGUUCCUGAUCUAGAUUUAGAAAAGAUCAGUAAUCUCAAAUGCCUUUUAUUGGGAGCUGGUACCCUAGGUUGCUCUGUAGCAAGAGUCCUUCUAGGUUGGGGAGUGAAUAAUAUAAUUUUUGUAGAUAGCUCAAAUGUAUCCUACAGUAACAUAGUACGCCAAAGUUUAUACAACUAUCAGGAUGCUAUGAAGCAUAAAUAUAAAGCUUAUGCAGCUAAGGAUGCUCUACUUAAUAUUCGACCAAACAUGAAUACAGAAGGUGUAGUUUUACAAAUUCCAAUGCCUGGGCACAUUGUUGGUGAAAGUUUGAUAGAUUCUACGAAGCAGGCCCUAAACCAAUUGGAAGAACUUGUUGAUAAGUGUGAUGUUGUCUUUCUCUUAUUGGAUUCUCGUGAAGCUAGGUGGUUACCUACAGUUCUUUGUGCAGCUAAGAACAAAAUUGCCAUUAAUGCAGCCUUGGGUUUUGAUUCAUAUACAGUACAGAGGCAUGGUACUAGAAAUUUUAGUAACCCAACUUCCCCAAAUUUAGAAACUACAAAUCCCCAUGGUGCGGACCUUGGUUGUUAUUUUUGUAAUGAUGUAACACAGCCUGGAAAUUCGCAAACUGACAGAACACUGGAUCAACAAUGUACAGUUAGUAGACCAGGUUUAUCGCAGAUAGGCGCAGGAUUAGCAGUCGAAUUAUUGAUAACUUUGUUGCAAAAUCCUCAUGGUAUUGAAGCAGAGGCGUUGAUGAGUAAUAACAGAGACAAUAUUAGCCCAAAUGAUACUGGAAUGGUAGGCAUAUUGGGAUGUGUACCACACACGAUACGGGGGUCCCUAUGGAAUUAUGAUACUCAAUUGACGAUUACACAUAGAUUUACAUGCUGUACGGCUUGUUCAAUGCCUGUUAUUACGGAGUAUAAAAAUCGAGGCUUUUCUUUUGUUCUGGAUGCAUGUAAUAUACCGAAUUACUUAGAAAAAUUGUCUGGGCUGGAGGACAUACUAAAAAGGCCAGAUUUAGACGAGCUUUGUUUUGCACUGGAUAACAUAAGUGAUGACGAUGAUGACAAUAAAAAAAAUGUAAUACCUUAA